AUUUAAAAAAAAUAUUUUGGACUUAUGAAUCGUGACUCUUAUAUAUAGACACAAAAUUACGACGAAAAAAUCUUUCGCAAUUUUUUCUUUUAUUAGUACAUUGUAUCUGAUAACAUUUGAGAUAAUUUACAAUUUCAAUUUGAUAACAAGUUCGAUUUUAUGGUACCCAAUCUCUAACAUGGAAGAGUUUCUCUCAAAAUAUCAGAUAAUAAAUGGGGUAUAUAACCCACUUUAAAGACUCUACAACCAGUUUAUUUUACAAUAUUCAACGAUGAAGUGUACAUACAUUGUGGUCCUCUUGCUAGUGGCCCUUACAAAGGGUGCUCUAAUAGACUUUGAAGUCUUUACUAUUGGCAAUCGAGAGGCUGGAGAGCAAUUACUGGGCUUUGUCACCAAUUCGUCCCAAUCCACAACCGAGGAAGAUUCUCAUAGUGUGACCUUAUUCUUGAACGCUCCACCUGGAUCACGAAUUACUUUCGUCCACAUGAAUAUAUUUCCGACUUGGCAUGUUAUAUCCCAUCCAACGGCUCUUCCUCCAGAUUCCGACAUUAUAGUUCACAAUUUUCUUACGACACAUUUGAGUGCAAAUGCCUACUAUUACGGCUUUCUUCCCGAGUCACCAGAAGCACAAGCCAUGGAAGAAUUACCCCGCAAUAAGGAUCGUAAAACAAUUUUGAACGACAAAUAUUGAUCGAGUUGUCAAGACAAUUAAACAAGUUAUAUUAUAAAACAGAAUCAAGGCAGCAUAAUCCUUUAUAAAGGCAAAAUGUUGUGAUAAAAAGCGCGAAAAGGUUUUAGAAGUAUGAGUAAUUUCAUUGAUUGGCAAAUUCAUCACUCUAUGUCACCAAAAAUAGGUGAUUGAGAUAAAAACUCA